UUACAGUUACUUGGCUGCCGAAUUUCGAAAUGCUGCGCUUCAGUUUGACACUUCUCGCCAUCAGCCUGACCUUGGCUCAAGUCCACGGAGCGGUCGACUAUUGCAAUGCAACGCUUUGUGGCACUGCCACAAACAUUGGCUGCAACAACAAUGGGACUUGGUCAACAAAUUGCCCCACGAGCCCAGCGCCGUACCUCAUCGCUAUGAACUUGACGAUGCGCCAACAUUUGGUGAAGCUGCACAAUGUGCGACGCAACAAUAUUGCUCUCGGAAAACUGCCCAGAUACGAUACGGCCAGGAGAAUGGCAACGAUGCGCUGGAGUCCACAGCUGGCAACGCUUGCCGCACUCAAUGUGAAGCAAUGCCAGAUGAAGCACGACGCAUGCCACAACACACCGCAGUACAAAAUGAGCGGACAGAACUUGGCCAUCAUUUCGUAUUCGGGCGCCUCUUCCAGCCAGACGAAUGCCGCGCUUCUGACAUCGUCGGUGACCAUGUGGUGGAACGAAAGACUGGAUGCCAACAAGAGUGUCAUCGCCAAGUAUCCCUCCGACUGGACUGGACCGCAAAUUGGACACUUUACCGUGAUGGCGCGACAGAAUAAUAUUGCUCUCGGCUGCGCAGCUGCUAGAUAUGUGACCAGCGGCAUGAACAACUUUCUGCUGGCCUGCAAUUAUGCCACCACAAACAUUGUCGGCAAUGCCGUCUAUGUGGCGGGCAACACAGCUGCCGGCUGCACCACGGGCACCAAUGUCAACUAUCCUGGUCUCUGCAAGGUGGCCGAAGUCUUCACCUACUAGAAGACAUCUAAGACAAUAAAAAUCCUGAUGUAUACAACAGAUGUGACACUUAUUUAAUUGAAUUCUAAGGC